CGGUGGGCGGUGGGCGGUGGGCGGUGGGCAGUGGGCGCCGGUGGUGGAGGCGAUUGAAGCUGCUGGUCUAGCAUGUGGUGCGCGAGCCCAGCUGCCGUGGUGGCCUUUUGCGCCGGGCUUUGGGUCUCUCACCCGGUUCUGGUGCAGGGCCAGGAGACCGGAGGGCAGCCGAGGGCCGACUGUGAAGUAUGUCAAGAAUUCUUGAACCGAUUCUACAAGUCAUUGAUAGACAGAGGAGUUGACUUUUCGCUGGACACUAUAGAGAAAGAAUUGAUCAGCUUUUGCUUGGUUACCAAAGGAAAAGAAAACCGCCUGUGCUAUUAUCUAGGAGCCACAAAAGAUGCAGCCACGAAGAUCCUAAGUGAAGUCACGCGCCCAAUGAGUGUGCAUAUGCCUGCAAUGAAGAUUUGUGAGAAGCUGAAGAAGUUGGACAGCCAGAUCUGUGAGCUGAAAUAUGAAAAAAAAUUGGACUUGGCAUCAGUUGACCUGAGGAAGAUGAGAGUGGCAGAGCUGAAACAGAUCCUGCAUAGCUGGGGGGAGGAGUGCAGGGCCUGUGCAGAAAAAACUGACUAUGUGAAUAUGAUCCAAGAGCUUGCCCCCAGGUAUGCAGCAACACACCCCAAAGCAGAGCUCUGAUUUCCAACCCCAGCACAGUUGUAACUUGUAAUUAGAGAGAAAAAUGGCUCUCUAGGAUAUGGACAUAUUGAUUGAGGGUAACAGAGGAAUGCAUCAUAUUUGGUCUCAUGAUUUUUGUGUUGGUAUUAGUCCUCAGAAUGUCGUUGAAUUUUGUUAUGUGGGUUUAUGAGUAAAUCUAAUACUACUGAUAACUUACAUUUGCAGUGUACCAAAACCUGAAAAUCCCUUUCUCAUAAGUUUCUUGGAAGGACUUUGUCAGUUUUCGUUGCUUGUCUCCUAAAACUGGGAAAAGUGAACUACUGACAAAUUGAUGAAGUAAAUGGAUUCCAAGAAAGAAGAGGGCAUUCAGAGACUCCUCUCUGGAUGCAGUUUUAAAGCAUAUUGGACUACAACAAAAGACAAAGUUAGCUUAUCUAAUGCCCAACUUCAAUCCCAAAUAAUAACUUUUACAUAAUCGAACAUUUUUUUUAAAGUACAUUUUCUAUUUUCACUCUACAUUGUAGCUCUUUUUGGUAUCUGAAGUUAAUGUUUCCGAUCCUGCUUGAAGAAAAUAGAGAGAUCAAGAACCUAUAUGAGUAUAGCCAAUGUUUGGCAAUUGAAUCAACAUUUACAUUGUUAAUUGAACCAAGCUCAAGGUCUUUUUCAUUCCUUACAGUCACAUAUCAGAUACAUUUUUGAUAGAAGAUUAAAGCAUAUUAAAAACACCCAUAGGCAACUUGGAACUUUACCGUUCUUAAGGCUAUUUUAUCAGGUUUCAGUUGUAAAAUCAUUUCUGGUUCCAUUUUCUGGCCACAUAAGGGUAAGAAACCCACAGUAGAAGUGGCUGCCUCUGUGUAGUAGGUAGAGCCAGGGAAUACUAGAAAAACAUUUCCUUGGAACUUUCUGGUGUGAUGGGAAUGUCCUACAUCUUGAUGGGCAUGGGGAUUACAUGGGUUAACAAGAUUGUCAUCUGGUAGAAAAAUUAAGAUCUGGGCAUUUUAUUGUAUGUAUAUUAUAUCUUUAAAAACUACUGUGGAAAAAUUAUUUGAAAAUUAACUAAAAUUAAUUAAUUCAGCACAGCUUGUUUGCCAGGCACAGUGGCUCACACCACUGUGGGAGGCCAAGGCAAAAGGAUUGCUUGAGCCUGGGAGUUAGAGAUUGGCUCGAGCAACAGAAUAAGAUUCUGUCUCCACAAAAAAUGUAAAACUAGCUGGGCAUGAUAGUCUAUACCUGUAGUCCCAGUUACUCGGGAGGCCAAGGUGGGAGGAUUGCUUGAGCCCAGGAGGUGGAGUCUGCAAUGAGCUAUGAUCCUGCCACUGCACUCCAGCCUGGGCAACAGAGGAAAAUUCUACCAGAAAUAAAUAAAAAAUCAAAAAAAGCCCAUCUUGUUCAUUCAAAGAAUUGCAUUUUCUGACUGGGGUUUUUUUUUUUCAUGGAGUGGAGGAGAAAUUUUCAGACUAAUAUAUAUAUUGAAAGCAUAAUUUUUACUUUUAAAUGUUGCAGAGGUAAAUGAAUUUUCAGCUGGGCAGUUGACAUGCAACUGAACUUGUCGGAGUCAGUGGUUCCUGAGGAAAUAUAUGUAUGAUGUAACUGAAAAGUGAGAAUAAAAAAGCUUGGGUGUAA